AGAAAGAGUGAAUGAGAGAGGACAGGUUGAGCGCAUGCACACUUAGUUCAAAACUAAGAGCAUGCAGCGCACUCUUUCACUCUGCAGUUUAACACAGGGGUCAGUGGUUUCUGCUCACAGGAUAAUAUGAUAUUGUGAAGACUUUUUCAUCUGAGCUCAGUGCUUGAGGAAAUGCUAAUAAGACUGAUUCACUGCAUCAGGGGUCUGUCCUGAAUGUGUUCAGCAGUCAACGGUGUACUUCCCCUGAGGAUCAGCUGUGAAGGACUGGCAAACUCUGGAAGACUGCAUGGGGAGGUGUCAAUGUCCACCAAUGUCACUGGAUUCCGGGCACAUCGUUCCCCCCAGCAUUUGGAGAUGGACUUGGCCUGGCAGGAACUGAUGGCCAUCACAGAACUUCAGGAGUUUGAGGUACCCAAUGAGAAUCCUUUUGAAGCAAUCCCAUACCUCUCCAUGGAGCCCAUGGUUUCUCAAGGGGGGUUCGGGAUGAGUCAACCUCAGCCGGAAUCCAUUCCAGCUGCUUGUGAUGCCCAUCCUGCCAGUGUUUAUGAAAACACAUACCCAGAAAUGAUGCCACCCUAUCAGCGUUUGAACCCACACAUGGACAUGCACUAUGGCCUCCAUGGCAGCCAUGGUUCCCCCAGAAUGCUUGCGAAUACGCAAGCUCUUCAUCCACCUCUCAUGAGUCUUUUGGAGCACAUGAACAUGGCAACGCGCAGUCAUGGGAUUGCGAAAGAUGGCGUUAUCAACCUUCAUGGUGCAGGACAAUUCAAACAAGUUUGCACGGAUGAUCUGGAGUCAGAUUCCGGUUUGUCGCUUGGUUCAAGCCCACCGCUCGCUUCUCCUGAGAAUGGGGUGCAUGGAGUGUCUACGUAUAUACCUGCAGAUGGUACGAUGGGCUAUGCUGAAAGUGAAAUCGAAAGUAUUGGGGAACAGUAUCGCAUGCGGCCUAGUUUGCUUGGGUCUGCCGACUACCAGCAGUCUUACAGCUCGUACCCUGGAGCAUCUUUUCCCACAGCUGUAAAUAUGCAAGCUAUCAACCAGCAGACUUACCAACCAAUGGCUUCAAUGAAGCAACCGGUUUUACCCACAGCGCUGCAUGAUCUACAACUAAAUAGCUCAGGUUUAACAAGACCAGGUUCCUAUCAGGCACCAUACCCAAAGCCAAAAUCAAACAGCAUUCCUGUACCCCUGAGCAGAGAUGAGCGUCGAGCCCUUGCUCUAAAAAUCCCGUUCUCCCUUGAAAAGAUUGUGAACCUACCAGUGGAUGACUUCAAUGAGCUUUUGACCCAAUUCACACUGAGCGACACUCAGCUGGCACUCGUGAGGGACAUUCGCAGACGAGGGAAGAACAAAGUUGCAGCUCAGAAUUGCCGCAAACGGAAGUUGGAGAAUAUCGUGCAUUUAGAAAAUGAGUUGGGACAUCUUAGAGCCCAAAGAGAACAUUUAACCAGAGAGAGACUGGAGUUUCAGCAAAACCUAGCCAUUAUCAAAUGUCGGCUCUCAGAUCUUUACACCCAAGUGUUUUCACAGCUACGUGAUGAGGAGGGACACCCUUAUUCAGUUGAUGAGUAUUCACUACAACAAACUAAUGACGGCAACAUUUACUUGGUGCCACGGAAUACAGCACUCGAGGGUGAAUGAACUUUUGAAAGGUUUAAGUGACUCAGAUGGCGAAAACCAAAUUUAUGACCAAUGAAUUUCAAUUACUUAAAAUAACUUGUGAUGGAUAAAAACAAACUCUUUGUAAAGAGAUUACACUCACAGUAAUUUAGAGCAGAGCACAACUACACUAUAUAUUCAUGACUACAGAAUUUCAGAUUAAGAUUUCACUUUAGGCUUAGAAAACUUUCAAGCUGUUCAGGAUUUUUGGGUCUGUAGACCAUUUUGCUAAACACUUUCAUACAUUACAGCAUUGGUCUAAAACUUUGAAGAAUCAGUGUUACAUGUCCAAAAUACAAGUAAAACAAGCUUUCAUUAAAUGGGUUCAACACAAGACAACCAGUCACAUCAUUUGUAACAAAAGUUUUAUUGGUAAAAAAGGUAAAAACCACAGGUAAAAAAAAAAAAUAAAAUAAAUAUUCAGCUGCCUCUUGGUCCUAGAAGAGAAAGGAAAAAGUUUGAGACUGUGUGAGACUGUAAACAUGAAGAUAUUGUAUUACAAAACCAACUACCUUUUUUUUAUAGCACCAGUUUAAAUGGACAAAAAUGUGUUCAUGUCAAGAGAUGAUUCACUCAUCAGAUCCUGAAAAAGCAAGAGUAUCAUGGUCAGCAAGUUAAAUAUAGAACAUAGGGGGGAAAAAAAAAAAAAAAACCAAAAACAAAAA